AUGACACACCAUACGUUGUGGCAGCAUAACACCGACGAGGAAGAUAUGGCGAGGCACAGGUUCGAGGCGGUUCUGGCAGAGCUUCCGAACUCCACACAGUUGAGAAUUAAAUCAUUGCCAUUGUUGAACAAUGUUUCAACACAGCUGUUGAGGAUAUUGACGAUGACGUCGCCGCAGACAUUGGCGAAUACGAUUCUGGGAAGUCGCUGUGAUACAGCUGAAUGCCGGUUAUUUCAUUCUUUACUGGACUUGCUUGAACAGGUCAAGCUGAUUUAUGGGGAUAUGCCACUGCUGACGGUGUACGACGUUGCUCCAGGGAUUUGGUUUCCCGGGUGGGAUGCGCCGUCGAUAUUGAGGGGGUUUGAGCAGUCGAUUUUAACGACAAUUCGCAAGUGUAAUUUGGCAACCUUCAUGCUCACGUUGCUGGGUAAGUUUGACUAUGGGUUUCAGUUCCUCAAUGAUUGUUUCAUUGAAGUGUUUUGCCCUAGCAGCUACGUGCCCAGUGUGGAUCUGGCGAAAGAGCCUGUACCGCCUCCACCGCUGCCACCGUCCAAAGGAGGAGGGGGAGGGGGAGGGCUCUACUCAAGUUACAGCGGGUCUAACGGCGGCACCAACGUUGCUCUUAGUUCAUCCGCCGGUGGGAAGCUUUUAAAAACACACACCGUAUUGUACCUGAAUCUCAAAACCCAGGCGUAUAUUGCCGCCAUAAGUGAUACCGGUGUGACUUCCGAUCGCAAACAGGUUCUCGAUGCUCUAUUUCCUCAAGACAUGGCUGCAUACUUAAAGAAUAAAAGUGGGGAGUCCGCCAACGACUUUCAGCUAACACCCAGUGAGAGAGAUUUCAUAACCAGAUGCCAGCGCAGACGUGAAACCUUAGAAGCAAAUACAAACCUGCACGAAAUUAUGCAGCUUUACAAAUGGUCAGAUUUCCUUAAGGAACUUUUAGCAUACGUCUCGAAAAACAUUGGUCUCUUGGUUUUUGGCAAACGCGGUCGAGGCGUGCUACAGUCGUGCUACGAGGAUAGCAAUGAUACAGAGCUACAUUCCUUAUUGCACAACAGCAGACUCGCUCAGGCAACAUCGAGAGCUCCUCAACUACGAAUUACAACCAAUUGUGACAUUGUACCAUCCACUCCAAUCAGAAAUACACUUAAACCCGUUAAAUCUGCCUCUAGAACCUUCACAGGCUCAUCCUCCAAUUCUCCUUCCAAAUACCAAGACCGUCAAGACCAAAGCCAUGUGCCAAACGGGCAAUUUGCAUUUGAAGGUGCUGUCACCGCUGCUGCCGCGGUGGCUGCUGCAGUUGCAACAACCACAGCAACAGCAACAGCAACUCCAGCAACCCCAGCGACAGUCGCAACAACAACAAGUACAACGCCCAAACCCCCUCCGAACACAAGAAAGAAACCCCAACAAAAACGUAUGUGGGUUAAAGGGGAAGAGGAAGCCUUGAUAUCCGCUCUAAAAGUCCAUGGGCCCUCUUGGUCUAAAAUCUUAGAACUUCAUGGCGCAGGCGGCUCAAUCUCUGAGACCUUGAAAAAUAGAACUCAAGUUCAACUUAAGGACAAAGCCAGAAACUGGAAAAUGCACUAUUUAAAGAAUGGAAUUACUGUACCAUACUACCUUCUAAAAGUUACAGGAAACUUGGAAAGGGAAGAAAGGUUUAAAAAGCGAUCCAAGGCAAAACGGAAGGCUAAAGAAACGCCAUCCAACCAUUUAAACGACCACUCUGCAUAA